AUGAUCGUGCUGCUCCCUCGUCUCAUUGGCCAUUCCAGGACUCAGUGUGCCCAAGUACGGGCAAAGGCCUCCCGAGCUGGUCCAGUGAACAUCUUGAUGCUGGGCGCCACUGGGCAUGGCAAGAGCUCCCUGGGUAACUUCCUGCUACAUCCCGAUCUGCGCUAUAUCUUUGAAGAGGAUGGUUGUCGUCAACCUUUCCGGGUAGGUGACGAUCGGCUCUCUUGCACGGCAAGUUGCUCAAUCAAGGACUCGCCUGAUGGGCAAGUGAGGAUCAUGGACACCCCAGGUCUGAAUGAAAGCCAUGAGCGUGAUCUCCAUCACAUGAUCAAUGUUGUGAAGACAGCGAGGCAGCUGCACCACGUGCAUGCGGUGAUCCUGGCGAUGAAGAUGGAUUCCCGCAUGGAUCAGACCUACAAGGACACCAUCCAGUACUACUAUAAGUUGCUGGGGGAUGAGGUCUUCAAGACGAAUUCAAACUUGAUUCUUGUGCUGACGGACUACCGGCCUAAGGACAGGAAGUACAAGAAAGACCCUGAACUGCUUGGGCGCAUCGUUAGUCAGAGUGCGGAUGAUGUGCAGAAAGAGUUGGAGCUGCCGGUGGCUCCUUUCACGGUGCCAAUCAACUCUGUGCCUCAGGAUGAAGAUGAGCUAAAGCAGUCCCGUGGCCCUCGAGAUCAGAUCUUAGACCUUGCAGUAAGGAACAUGGCCCCGGCCGUGCUCCAGACUCUCCAAGUGCCCAAGACUGAAGGCGUGCAGCGGCGGCAUGGGAAGGAGGCUGCCCGCCUGCAGGGUAUCAUCGCGGAGAAGGAAGAAACCAAAAAGCAGCUUUUGAAACUUCCGGACCCUGUGAAAAUGCAAGCCAGGCUACUGGAAGAUGAGAUGAAGACCUUCGACACAGAGAGGAAGAAUCUUCGUGCGGGCAUUGAAGCCCUUGACAAAGAGGAGCUUUGUAAAGUGGCAGAGGUGCACGGUGGUAACUCGCCGCACCGACACCAUGGUGGAAGGGUACUUUCAGGAUGA